UGCCUACUACGCUGGGACAUAAACAAAGGCUGGACGUCGCGCUGCUGUAAACUCUUCUCUCUUCUCCUCCUAUAUGCGAACAAUACCAUAAUAUUGGGACGUGAGUUAUUUCCGGAAACAUGGACAACGCAUUAUUGAUGCGAGUGAGUGUGUACACCGACCAAGGAGGGAGGAGAUACAUGGAAGAUGUGACCGAGAUCAUAGUGGAGCCCGAGCCGGGGGAAGAUGAGCCGACGUCGAGUGAGUCGGAGGAGAGCGGCGGGGGAGACUGUGCGGUCCACUCCCAGGCGGAGGUCGGACAUCCACACCGGGCGGGAGAACCCCCGGAGCCCCCGCAGCUUUUACACGAAACCUCCGAACCCGAACGGACGGAAGAACCAGCGGACAUAUGUUCCCCGAGCACCCCGCCAGCUCAGCUCGGUCGCUCCCGCCGCUCCGUGGCGUUCUUCGCCGUGUUUGACGGUCACGGGGGUCGCGAGGCUGCGCAGUUUGCGCGAGACUAUUUGUGGGACUUCAUGAAGAAGCAGCGGGGCUUCUGGUCCGACUGUGACCGGGAGGUGUCGUCCGCUAUACGCAAGGGAUUUGUAGCCUGUCACCACGCGAUGUGGAAGAAGCUGCCUGAAUGGCCAAAGACACUCACAGGCCUUCCUAGCACAUCAGGCACCACAGCCAGCGUAGUGGUUAUCCGAGGAAAUCGCAUGUAUGUGGCUCAUGUUGGGGAUUCGGCAGUGGUUCUAGGGAUCCAGGAUGACCCCUCACUUCCAUUCAUCAGAGCUGUGGAAGUGACACAAGACCACAAACCCGAGCUGCCCAGAGAGAGGGAGCGUAUCGAAGGUCUGGGAGGGAGUGUGAUCAAGAAAUCAGGUGUGAACCGGGUCGUCUGGAAGAGGCCACGGCUAAGUCACAAUGGCCCAGUCCGUCGUAGCACGGUCAUUGACCAGAUACCAUUCUUGGCAGUAGCCCGAGCUCUAGGUGAUUUGUGGAGCUAUGACUUCUACAGCGGGGAGUUUGUGGUUUCUCCGGAGCCAGACACCAGUGUGGUGACCCUCGACCCCAGAAAACACCGCUACAUCAUCCUGGGCAGUGACGGUCUGUGGAACAUGGUGCCACCUCAAGAGGCCAUCUCCAUGUGUCAGAACAACAAUGAUGAGAUGGCACCGUGUGGGGUAUCAAGUGCCCGGCAGCUUGUUAGCCAUGCUCUUCUGCGGUGGCGCCAGAGGAUGUUGCGCGCUGAUAACACCAGUGCCAUUGUAAUCGACCUGCAGGAGCCUGGCACGUCCCAGGACACCCUGCACCUUGAGGAGGUGCUUCUCGACCUAGCCAAGGUGUCCCAGUGUCCUCCCCCAUCCGUAUCUCGCGCUGACACCCCUCUUCUUCAGCGGACUCCAGAGGAAGACUCUCCCUCUGCCACAUGUGAGCUCCUCCCUGCCCUGGAGCGACAGGAUGGACUAUCAGGAAACGGCAGCCUGUACCACAUGAAUCUGUCUGACCCGUUUACUCUGACUCCACUGUGUCCAAACAGUAGUACAGAGCUGCCUGGUCAGUCGAGUCCCACUGACAGGACAGCUGGCAGCAGGAAACCCAGCAGCAAAAGAACUAAUGAUAGAUCAUCAACAGGCCGUUCAGCAAAGAGAGCCCGGCGCAGGACUGCCUUCAGGCACCCCAAGGUCCGACACAACACAGGAAAGAAACAAAAAGAGUCCAAUAAUGUCUCCCCCAUUCUCCAACAGCAUAACAAGACAACAGUGUGUGUGUACUGAAAUAUGUUGUAAUGCUUGAGUCCAGGACUCACCUCCUAACCUUACAUUAUGUUAAGUUGGAGCCAGGUUCCGUUUGACUGCGGUAAACAUGGGUUUGAUCUUCUAUGUGCCCUGGGUCUCAGGUCCAAGGGUUCAGGUGGACAUGUGAAGAUGCUCACAUCAAAUUUAGCCUUGAUGACAGGGAUGGGGUGAUGGGGACUGGACUAAGACUCUUCUUUGGUGACUUACAUCCGGGCCACACUGGGUGUGUGUGGGAUACGUGACAGCUGCAUCAUGUUUUUUGUUCACACAGGGAGCGGGGAUCUCCUACUUAAAAGUAGCCUAUUUACUCAACUUGAUGCUAAGACUAAGACCAAGCCGUGCAUCUUUCGGUCCUAAAAAAUAGAAGCUUGUUAAAAUAAAUGAAUGGAUUCAGUCAACAGAAAUGCUGGAAUGCUUUUACUUCAAACAGGUACAGGUAGUGUUGCAAAUAUUUAUGUUUGUGACAUAUUCGACAGAUAAUCCGCGAUACCCACGCACCGCUCACACAUCCAGUGUGGUCAGAGUGAGCGACUCUGGACUUGACUCAGAAUCGAAGUUUUGUGACUCAACUACAAGCACACACACACACACACACACACACACACACACACACACACACACACACACACACACACACACACACACACACACACACACACACACACACACACACACACACACACAGCCUGCACUCCACUGCCCCUUGUCUCCUGUGGCAUUUCUGUCGCUCAUGUUUGCAGUUCUUCCAAACUUUCUCUUCAGGUUAUGGAAAGACUUGUCUUGCUCAAUAUCAUUGUGUGUUGUUGUUUUAAAAUUCUUGAAACAGAAAUCUUGAUUAAAUGUGUGACUUCCCCUCGGUCUGCAAACAAUAAGAAGAAGUAAAGUCUGACAAAUGAUGCUGGUGUAAAUAUUAUGCAUUUUAUAGUUGACUUUUGAGAAGUAAGGAUAACUUCAUUGAAAACAAAAAUAUAUAUAUUUUUUAUACAUUGUUUUAUUGUAGAAUUAUCAAACUUGAAAAUCCCUUUUAGAUGAGCUCCACCACAGCAUUCAUCUGCUCUCCUCACAACUUCCAGAUACCAGUGUGUACACCCAAUGUUUGAGCUUAUUUCUCUAUGUUUAUUAUCAUUAUCAUUUUAUUUAAUCACUGGAGAUUUGUCUUGAAUAUGAAGGUGCUGCUACAUCCACAAACCAGUAGGCUACUACAUUGUGUAUAUUGACAGAUAAAUAUAUAUAUAUAUAUAUAUAUAAUAAGUGUUGGUGGCAUGUUCUUUUGUUUGAGAGUACACUUUUGAAGUAACACAUCUGCCUUUGUGAAUUUUUUUAAAUUGCACAAUAGCAUCUUAAGGGAUGAAAGCAUUCCCGCAGUCAUUGUUGUAAUUUGUAAUUAAGAAGUGCAGUUGAUUUAGUGGUGUCUACUCCUCCCCUGAGCCUGCUCCACACAUUCAUGUAUCAGGGAGAGAUUUUCUGUGUUUCCAAGAAUGUCUUUCAACAUCUGCCCACUGUGCUGGAUCUGUCUCUACAGUUUGGAAUUUCCCCCUCUCUGUUUGCUGAACGACACCAGUGUGGAGGGACCAACAUAAAACAUGUUGUUUACAAUCGGUAUUUAUGAUUAUUUGGUGCUGGCAGAUUUCCAGUGUGGCUGCGUUUGAGCUAUCAGCGAUGUCCUGUCUGUCGCCCAUACAAUUGCAAUAAGUGAUGAAUAAGCAUGUUGAAAGUUGGUCCCGACACACUGGACUGUCUCACAUCACCAGUGGAACCUGCCAUCUUAUUUCAUCUCGUUUGCGCCAAGGUAGUAGCUGUUGGUUUUGUUUCGCUGAGGCUGCCUGAGAGGUUUCUAUAGAUACAUCCUCCCUGCACAAGCCCUCCCUCCCUCCCAUAGCUGUGGUGGUAUUGUUACUGAUGAAUGCACAAGGUUCAUUAAAUACACGGAGUAAAUACACUCUGCAUGGACUAAGAGAAUAGUUUUGCACUAUUAUGGUGACGUAAUUGUUUUUAUGAAGGGUUUCUUUUUCCUUAGAAAAUGAUGUAGCCAAAAUUGUAUGACAAGACUGGAGUCUAAAUUGACAAUGUCUCAGGACAAAUAAUCAAAUAAUUUUUGACUAAAGUGGAACAGAAUCCUUGUCGGGAUGAGUGUGAUGACUUUGCAGAACAUAGCAUUGUCCUCUUUUGCCUCUGAUGGUUAAAUAUAAGAAUAAGAAGUCUUUUAUUAUGUUUUGGCACAUGACCUACGUCCAUGAUUUCUAUUUAUUGCAAGAGAAUAAAAAUCAUUACACAGACAAGACAGACGUCACAAUCUUUGUAAAACCUUGUUACAUUAUGAUGUAUUUACAUUGAGAACAGGACUUUGUAGCAUCAUGGAUUUGGUUCAAGAAUGUUUUGCAAAAUUGAGUGACGAUAUGGAAGGAAUGAUGAUGGUCAUUAGUGAUGUGUUCUUGUUGCAAAUACAGUGUCUUAUUUCAUUUGG